GUGCGCGCACCACUAGCCACCGGAAGUGAGUUUGACUCGCAAUCCUCGUUCGUAUCAAUUAUUUGAAGAAACCCAGCUAGCUAUCUAGCUAGCUGAACAGAACUAGUUUAGCUAUCAGUACAAGAAAACUUUAUACAAUUCACAUUAAUCCACUUUGAAUGAUCUAACAGUUAGUAGGUGAAUCGACCAUGAAGUCGACCAACCAGAUGUAAAUAAUGAUAUGUGCUAGUAGGGUACGCUAAUUUGGUUGCUAGCGCCAGGCAGUGCUUGCCAACACCCUCAUGAGGCAAUCCAACUCCGGAGCAUUAAUUAGCUACCAACCGUAAACAAGUCUGACUAGUUUGUGAUUUGCAUCUAGCAGCAAAGAACAAUCCAACAGAAUGUCAGAUGAUGCUGUCCUGCUGAAUGUACCCGUCAUUCGGCAGCUGUACCACUGGGACUGUGGAUUAGCCUGCUCCAGAAUGGUUUUGAAGUACCUCCACCCUGUGAGUGAUGAGGAGUUUCAGGGUGCUUGCUGGGAGUUGAAGCUGACGCAGAGUGUCUGGACAAUUGACUUGGCCUACCUCAUGUGCCAGCUGAGGAUCCGGCACCGCUUCUGCACUCAGACACUGGGUGUUGACAAGGGCUUCAGGAAUCAGUCCUUCUACAAAAAGCAUUUUGACACUGAGGAAGACAGAGUCAAUGAACUCUUCCUAAAGGCUGAAAGCAAGGGUGUGGUGGUGAAUAAAUGCUCUGUGACAAUUCAGGAAAUCCAGGAACAUAUUGACCAGGGCCAUGUGGCCAUAGUGCUGGUCAACGCUGUGGUUCUGGUGUGUGAACUCUGCUCUUCGCCUGUCAAGUACUGCUGUUUCCUGCCUGUGGGCCAGAAGUGCUUCUGCAGGAAGCCAGAAUACCAGGGUCACUUUGUGGUUGUGUGCGGCUUCAACCGGAGCACUGGCUGCAUCUUCUACAACAACCCUGCCUACUCAGACCGCGUGUGUUGCACCAGCAUUAGUAACUUUGAAGAAGCUCGAAUGAGCUACGGGACAGAUGAGGAUAUUCUGUUUAUCUUCAAGGAGAGCUGAUGGCUUAGGGACAAUGAAGAUGCAGAUUGUCUCCACAUCGCUAUGGCGCCCCAUCCUCACUAUGAUGACACACCAGUGGGUCUACAGGUCCCUGAACUGGAACUGCUGGUUCCAGCUUUAGCCCAGUGUUGUAGAUGGUCCCGGGCUGUCCUCUCCAGUGCUAACAUGGCUGACUGCUCACAGAACACACAACACCACUCCAACGUCACCCCACCUGCCUCAUUUCACAUAGCCCAUGCUAGUCGUCAGUGUGUAAAGGAAUAAUCGCUGAAGACAUAAAUAAAGUGUGGUUUUUAAGUUGGUUGGGGGACAAGCAGAUAGAUUAAAUAGAAUAAAUGUAUUUUUACUGUGUCCCUUUUUGUUUAGUUUUAAUUCGGUUAGUUGAUUCCACCAAUUGACAUUGUGAAAUGGUGACCAGUGCAAUACCUGAAAUCCUAUUCCUAAUGCUGGGUGGAUAAAAUACCAUAACACUGAAAUUGAUUCUAGCCUUGGAGAGGACAAAACAAUGCACAUACAAGGGCUUACGGCAACAUGAUGCUUUCUUUGGUUUUACCUGGUGUCACGCAAGUCUGAUGGGCCAUGUAUAGCUGCUUUCCUCCCCUCAGACUUGUCUUGUUUUAUUAAUAGUUAUUUUGAUACUGUUUGUUAAACUUCACAUAUUAUUUAGGAUUUUCUAAUAACAUGGAAUAGAGGGGAGAAUUUGUUUUUGAAAGACUCAGGUAAUUAAUGUCCAAAGAGUCUGAUGUGUUGUAUUACAAUAGCAAACCCAUGUCACAAACUCAUUUUCUUUAAUGCAAUACACCUCGACCCAUAGCCUGUUUAUGGAACCAAAUCUGCCUGGCAGGCCUAGGUAUUAGUCAUCAGGACGUCAUGUUCAACCUCAGCCUGCUGCUUUGUACAGACUUUGCUUUUGUUGUGUGCACUGAUGAUUACAGUCCAUGUCAGUGUCAUUCACAUCAAGGAGCUUAUUUCAGAGAAUCAGUUAUAGGUUCAUCUGAAGGCGGUGGAGGCUAGUGGGAGGAGCUAUAGGAGGACGGGCUCAUUGUAAUGGCUGGAAUGGCAUAAAUGGAACAGUAUCAAACAUAUAUAAACCACAUGUUCGGCUCCGUUCCAUUUAUUCCAUUCCAGCCAUUACAAUGAGCCGAUCCUCCUAUAGCUCCUCCCACCAGCCUCCACUGUCUGAAGGUUUUUCCGUGUUGCACUACAUGCCUCCAUCUCCAUGCUCUUUCAGUUUGAAAAAUGGAGAAUGGGGACACAGUGGAACGUUUGAAAUACUCAGUAUGAGGUAGAGGGAUGCCUUGUAGGUUUUGCUUCAGUAUAUGACUCAACACUACCUUAAAGUUUUAAAGGAAUUAUUAGAUCAUAAGAUGUUUUCUGUUGAAAACAGCAAUCAAGUGGAGGCAACACACAGAAUGACAUCUUUACUUUAUUCUCACUCAACAUUUAUUUUUAUAUUUUGGUAUCAUGGAUGAUGUUAUUGCACUUUGGUUUUUGUACCAGCCAUAAUUAUGUAUUAUUUAAUUUUCAUUUUACCAUGAUAACAUAUUUUCCCAAUCUAAAUGGGAAGACACUGAUUUAUUCCUGGUUGUGUAUUUUUGUUAUGAACAAAUGGAAUGUGUUAAAAUGGCUUUAUUUUUAUGAAAUAUACAAUUCCAUCUAUGUACUGUACUCAAUAAAAUAAUUUGAACACA